AUGGAUACAUUGUCAUCGAAUAUUGGUAAACAAACAACUAGAUUAAUUUUCAAUGAAUAUAUCGAAAUUCCAUUUAUAUUUGAUCUUCGAUUUCCAUGUUCAAUAAAAGAGUUUGAAAUUAUCCAUAAUAUACAUAAUAAUUUAUCACAUGGAGAAGUUGAAAUGACAAUUGAAGAUCAAGCAUACACAAAAUUAAAACAAAAUAGUUUUUAUAAAAACUAUUUUGAAGAUUCAAUAAUUAAUAAUCAAUAUUUAUUUGAGCAAUAUUACCGUGAUCAAUUAACUAUACUUUUAAUUGACUGUAAAAUUCAGUUAGAUAUUGAAUUCGUUUUUUCACUUGUCUAUAAUAAAAAUUCUAUGAAAACGUCGACUGAUCGAAUUAAAUAUUAUUUAGUUUAUCAUGAUGAAUUAAAGAAAUUAUUAAAAAUACUUAAUUAUGGUUUCGAAGUGUUAAAAGAUGAUAUUAACAAGACGUUAUUCGAUAUAGAAAAUGUUCUUAAUCCUGGUUGUUUUCCCUUAAAAACAAAUGGUUAUUAUAAGUUGAUUAUAGCAGAUAACGUAAUCUAUCAAAUCCCACCAAAUACAGUAAUAGAUAAUGCUGAAGGUUUAUCUAAAAAAUUCUUAUUUGAAUGUGAUGGUGAACCAUUCGUUGAAAAUUGCUUAAUGAAUCUUAUUGAAUUAAUAAUCACACCAAAAUAUAUUCAAGAUAUAAACAACAUUCAAAAUAUAUUAAUGAUCUAUGCACGGAUGAGUCUUGAAAUAUCCAGUCUUAGACGAUAUACUGUUGACAAUUUAGAAAAAUUAAGACCAAUAAUAAAUUUAUUAACUUCCAUUUUGGCACUUUAUGAUGAACCGUCGAAAGUUUUUCAAAUGAUUAUGACAAAGUACAUAACAACUAAUCAUCUCAAUACAUGUACAAGUAUUGACGCAUGUAUAAAUCAUCUAAAAACAUUAAAGAAUUUCAAAAUUGGCCUUGAUAAAAAUGCAAUCAAUAAAAUAUUAUCAAAAUUAGAAAUUGAGUUAUUAAAAAAUUGGUUGUACGAUAAUGAUAAUAAUUAUGCUGAUCUGUUGAAAAUAUUAAAUAACUCUAACAAUGACUUAUGGAGAUAUUCUGCUAAAAUUUUAACAUACUUCGAAAGGAUGUUAGAAUUUGCAAUAAUUAAGACAAAUCAUGGUCAGAUUAUAAUUGAUGGUCCAUAUAAACAAUUGGAGCAAUAUUUAGCACAAGAGAACAUGUCAACUAAAAUUGAACAUCUUCUAUCCAAUCGAAUACAUUUAUAUUUGAAACAAACAAUACGAAAAGAAAAUAUUGAGAUUUCAUUAAAUAGUGAUUACAAAUAUUUUGAAGAAAAUUUGAUACAAUUGCAAUCUAUAUUAAAUCAAAAACAACGAUCUCAUGUAAAAGUGCUUUGUUUAAUAUCAUGGCUAAAAUUCUAUGCCGAGAUGUAUUCCUUUGCACUGAUUAUGGUACAAUCACAACAUGAUAUUAUGCAACAGAUAGACCGUUUAUUAUCAAAUAAUAAUUCUAAAGUAUGUGCAUCAAUUAAAAUAUUUAUUAUUAAACAGAUGAUAUAUUUUGCUAAUAUUUCACUGGAAGAAUUGAAACAAACCCUAUUAAAUCGAAAUAUUGUUUGGAUUAAACCAAUAUUGUUACAACAAUCAAAUACUCAUGGAAAAGAACAAAAUAACUUUAUAUUGCCAACGCCAUUAUUUGAAUGUAAAACUGAAUAUAUUCAGGUUAAUCAACUAUUUAAACAAUUUAAAGAAAUCAAACAAUUAGAAAAUUUAAUAACAAAAUGUCAAACAGACAAAAAUUUAACGUAUAGUUUCUAUUUAUGGUUUAUACGAUAUUAUACACGAUUUCAUAGAAUAAAAAAUGUCUCGAUAGAUAUUAGUUUUGUUCAAAUGAUUGAAAAUCAACUUCAACAACAAUUAAUCUCAAAUUUUGAACCUAUUGGAUAUCAGUUUAUUCUGCAACUGUGCAAAAAUUUUGAUAAUCAAUCAUAUUUUCAAUUGAAGGCAGAUAUGACAGAUAUUGAUAUACAUAUUCGUCUUGUUGCAUUAAAUAUAUUUGCAUUACAAUUGGCUUCGAAAUGUACAAAAAAUUCAACAGUUAUGAAUAGUCUUUUAUUUGAUAUUGAUCAUAAAAUGCCAAAAGACUAUGCGAAGCAUUUAAUGACUAGAUGUUUGGUAGGUUUACAACCAAAUAAUAAUCAUAUUAUGAUACAAAUGCAACGUGUUAAAAAUGAAGUACAAAAAAGAUUAAAUAACCGUGAAAUAAAUGAAUAUGGAAAAUUCAUAUAUCAAUGUUCUAAAAAUUGUUAUUUUAUGUAUUAUUUUGAAAAUUGUGGAAGACCAAACGAUCGUUCUAAGUGUCCGUUGUGUAAAAAUGAUGUUGGAUCUGUCAAACGUGGAUCUAGUCAAUUGUUAGUACGAGAUCCACCACAAAUACAACUAUCAAUUACUAGUGGAUUUCAAUUAAUUGAUGAUUAUAUAAAACAUUAUAAUGAAACAAAUCGAUAUGGUUAUUACAUCAAUCCAACACAGACUGAUAAUUCUACUGUUAAUGAAACAAAUGAACAUUUACAACCGAUAACCUAUCGAUUAUUACAUAUGUUUACUCAUACAUUAAUAAUGAUGUUAUAUGAUCUGAAAUGUUUACAAUCAAUACGUGAUAAAGCUGAUCUACAAGUAAAUUAUUUUCGAAAACAUUAUCAAAAAGACUAUGAGUUAAUUAAUAUUAUGAUUGGACAACAAAAUGAAUGUCAUAUAUGGUUGUAUAAAAUUUUUAAUCAUUUAUCUAGUUUUAAUAUUGAAGGUAUAUUAGAUACAAAUAAGAAAGUUGUUGAUUUUGAAAAACAUAUCGAACAAAACAUUAUAUUACCACAUAUUCAAUCGCUGUCUGAUGAAAUUAAACAAUAUAAUUUAGCUUACAGUGAAUUUAUACGUGAACAUAAUGCACAACCACAAUUAAUCGACUAUAUAAAUGAACUAGUUGAAAAUGAGCAAGAAUAUCCAUUGCUAAAUUUUUUGACUAUAACCAGAAGUAAUAACGAUAUUGUUAAGGAAUUUCGUUCAAAAUUUUAUUUACUACAAUAUGAAAAAUUAUAUCCAAUAACAGAUUAUUUUUUAAAACAUUUAUCAGAAUUAGAACAAAUAGAAUAUAUGCAUCCAAUUAUUAACUUUACCAAUUAUUUAUUACAAAAAUAUAAUCAUCGAAUAUUACGUACUGAAGCAUCAACAAAAGAAUUAGAUUUUUACAUUAAAAAUGAUAGUAACGAUAAAAAAAUAUUUUCACUAUUUCAACAAUUUCUUCAAGCAUGGUACGGAUUAAAAUUAAAUGAUGUACAACUUGAUUGUGCUCACAUUAAAAUAGACCGUACACAAUCUAGUGAACAAUUUUCCAAAUCAAGAAAAUUAGCAUUUUUCUUAUUGAAUCGAUCAACAGAUAAUAGUAGUUUUGAAAUACUUGGCUGUUUACAUACAUUAGCUAAAUUUCAAAAUAACAUUAUUAAUUUCUAUAAACAUAUUACUAAUCCACAAAUACUAUAUGAGAAUACUGAACGAAAACAACCAACAAUCGAUAUACAAAAAAUUAAAAAAGAACAUUUAUUAGUAAUAUCAUCUGAAGUAAUUGAUACAAUAUUAAGAGAAGAAAAUGGUUAUAUUAUUAAUUAUGAAUAUGGUAAAACAAAAGAAAUAAUUUAUGAUUAUGAUGAAAUUGAAACUAGAUUAUGUAAUAGAAUAAAUCGUAUACAAUCGAUUAAUACAGAAAAUUUCAAUUAUUUUAAUUAUCAAUUUGAAUUAUAUCAUCAAGAAGUGUCAUUAUUUAAUGAUAUAAGACGAAACAUAAAACAGGAGCAAAUAUCAACCGAUGAACAAGCGAAGCUCCAACAAUAUUUAAGAAAUACAAAAAUGGAUGAUGUACGACAAUUUUUGGGUUCAUUAGAUUAUGUAUUUACAUAUCUUCGACAUGCAACUGACAGGUCAUCAACAUCAACACUAAAGCAAUCUGUUCAAGCUUUAAUACACAAUACUUCUCAUUUACAUUCAUACAUUCUCAAUGAACAACAACCAUUUGCUAAUAUUCAAUUGAAAUAUGUUGUAAAUUUAUAUGAACUCAUUGAAGAAUUAGUAUUCGAUGAAAUAAUGAAAAAUUAUGUUAAACAAGAAUUAACUACAGAUGUAUGCAUAAAUGAAGAAGAAGAAAAAAAUUUUAUUGAACAAUUCAUACAUUCAACAUAUAUGUUAGAUAAUAUUUCACAACAAUUGAAAGAUCCACGCGUAUGGUUGUCGGUAUUAAAACGUUUAAUUAUACGUGUUAUUACAGCAAAUAUUGAUUUGAAUGUUUCCAUGCAGAUAUAUAUAGUACGAACAGAUUUAUGGAAUGAAGAUUUAGUACCAUAUUUGGAUCUUAUCAAUAUUCCUGAUAAUAUUUUGGUACGACAUACAUAUAUUAUCUUGAAAGGAAUCGAAACUAAAUUAGCUGUAAUAAAUAAUUCAAAUAGUGAUACCAAAACUAGUAAUGAAUCAAAAAAUCUUCGCGACUGGUGCCAAACCAAAAAUGAAGACAUUAAUCCAUCAACGAUAUCGAUAACAACAGAAAUGCCAACAGGAAAUAUUACAAAAAAGAAGCAACGUCGUGUGGAUUAA